UCUUCUUAUAAAAAAUCCAAUUUAUACUCAUCAAUGUCUUUUGAGAAGAUGGGUUUUAAGGUUUCUGAUGAAAUGUUGGCAGCUUUUUUUCCUAUCGUUUUGUAUUGGGUUUGUUCUGGGAUUUAUGUUCUUUUGGGUUUGUUUGAGAAGUACCGAUUACACUUGAAGAUUGACGAGGAAGAGAAAAACUUAGUGUCUAGACGAACCGUCGUCAAAGGGGUUCUUCUUUAUCAAACCUUUGAAGUUGUUGUAACAUGCCUUCUGCUAAAGGCCACAGGAAAUUACAAUGGGAACGUUACAAGUCCAAAGCCUUCUCUAAUUGUUUUGGCACAACAAUUUGUUGUUGGAGCAUUGUUUUGGGAUACUUGGCAAUACUUCGGGCACAGAAUCUUGCACCAAAAUAAGUUUUUGUACAAGCACAUCCAUUCUCAACAUCACCGCGUCAUUGUUAACUACGCGUUUGCAGCUCAUUAUCAUCAUUUCUUGGAGGGGUUUAUCCUUGACACAGUUGGCGGCAUCUUAUCGGUUCGCCUAUCUGGCAUGUCUCCACGAGCUUCCAUCUUCUUCUUCUCCUUUGCCGUCAUCAAGAUUGUCGAUGAUCACUGUGGAUCGUGGCUUCCCCGCGGGAACGUCUUCCACAUUUUUUUUAGAAAUAAUACUGCAUUUCAUGCUGUUCAUCAUCAAUUAUAUGGAAGCAAGUACAACUUUUCUCAAAUAUUCUUUGUUCAUUGGGAUAAAAUACUUGGAACCUAUAUGCCAUACUCGUUAGAGGAGAGAGCCGGUGGCGGCUUUGAAGCACGCUCUUUAGAAGAUAGCAAAGAUGAUUGAUUUUUAUAUUAUAUCAAAUUACUAUUGAGAACAAUGUCAUAGUUGUAUCUGAUGUUUUGACCUUAUUGCUA